CUGCAAUCUGUCAGGCUGGAAUGUUCUUACUCCCAGCGUCUCAGAUAAGAGCAGGAAUGUGGGAAUGGAGGAAACGAAGAACAAAAGAUGACUGAGCUUCAUUUCACAUGACUAGCCUGCUCAAACAGUAUAGAGAUGGAGACUGUUGUAAUUGUAGCUAUUGGUGUCCUGGCUACUAUCUUUCUGGCUUCCUUUGUGGCCUUGGUUGUGGUCUGCAGGCAGCGCUACUGCCGAACGAAAAAUCUUCUCACACACUACAACAACAAGCCAACUGUGGAUUUGAUUGGAGCAAUGGAAACCCAGUCUGAGCCAUCAGACCUGGAACUGGAUGAUGUUGUGAUUACAAACCCACAAAUCGAGGCAAUUUUGGAAGAUGAAGACUGGAUUGAAGAUGCAUCUGGACUUGUGUCUCACUGCAUUUCAAUUCUAAAGAUAUGCCACACACUCACUGAAAAGCUGGUAGCUAUGACUAUGGGGUCAGGUGCUAAAAUGAAAACUCCAUCAAGCUUGAGCGACAUCAUUGUUGUUGCGAAAAGAAUCAGUCCAAGAGUUGAUGAUGUGGUUCGUUCUAUGUAUCCUCCCCUGGACCCAAAACUACUUGAUGCAAGAACCACGGCUCUUCUGUUGUCAGUAAGCCAUCUUGUUUUGGUGACCAAAAAUGCCUGUCACUUGACGGUUGGCAUGGAUUGGAUCGAUCAGUCUCUUUCGGCAGCGGAGGAACAUAUGCAGGUUCUCAGAGAAGCUGCCAUGGCCACCGAAUCGGAAAGAGUGAUCACAGGGGCAGAUAACUUUCUGCAGGAACAGUCUACGAUCUAGCAGCCUGGAUGGUGGAUGGCGGCCAAGCAAACCCCACAGUUGUUUCUCUUCAUUAGUCUUAACUUUUCAGAUUUCUCUUCAUAGACUCUAUGGGACAGUUUAUCAUUAGUGACAACUAAAACAUGUCUUUUUUUCAAAAAUAUACCCAGAAUAGCUCUGGUCUAGAUGAGAAAGUGGAGAUUAAUUUAAACAGGUUAUUCACAUUAUUUAUAACCACAUUUAUAUAUUCUCGAUGCAGGUAGCCAUUAUUACACAGGCACCUGGCCCAGGAUAUAUCAUAAGGGACCAGUCAAUUUACCCAUGGCUUGGAGGGUUGAUACAGCAGAUACUAUCUUUGAACCCCUGUCAUAUAUUACUCACAGGUUCUGCCCAAGAAAACUAGAAAGGGUUAAAAGCAAUUGCCUCAACUUUGCAUAAAAAUUCUGAUCAUACAAAAAAAUAAAAAAUAAGAUCAGCUCACCUCCAUUCAAAAAUGAUGCACCAGCACUGGGCCGGCUCCCUGGGUAUAUAGAGGAAAUGUAGAAAUGGUCAGCACUCUAUAAAAUCCUAAAGUCUUUUUUAAAUGUUACAAACUAAAUAAGACAUAAUAAAAAUUAAAAUCAUCUUUGCUUAUGCAUUUCAAAAUGGUAAAACACUCUUAUGCCUGUUGCACACUACCGUUAUGAGUUCCAGCAGGCUAUUCUGGAAGAGAACAGCCUGCCGGAGCCCUAUUAGACCAGCAUUGCUGGUUGUUACCGCAAUGCUCACUGGCCCCAUUGACUAUAAUGGUACCUGGCAGAGAUCCGGCCACUACCUUGAAAAUAUUCGGCCAGACAAAAAUUGCUGCACUGCCAAAACUCAUAACAACUGUCGGACUGGAGUUCCCUGGGCCCACCAGAAGUAAUUAUUCUUGGGGCCACACCCGUAUAUUAUCAAUAAAGUCUAAUAGGUUGUAAUUCAAAGAAAUAGACUCCAAGUGGGCUUACUUUUAUUGGGCCUUUGGGGCCCACUGUGGUAUCAGAGCCUGGGCCUACCAGAGGAUCCUCUUGUAUUCUGGUGGACCAGUCAGACACUGCUCAUAACUGGAGUGGGAAACAGGCCUUAGUCAUAGCAUAGUAUACAAUAAUGAAAACUGGUUACACAAGCACGACGAAAAACAUAAAAAAGAAAAACCUGGCUUGCAUCAAUUGGAAUAUAUGUAUAAAUGCAUACAAAGAACUGCAUCAAAUGAACAGUAUAUAAUGUGGAAGUACAAAUUGUUUAUAUAUACACACACACACACACACAAGUUUUAAGCUUCUCCCAAACUAACUCGCAAAAGUUAUUACACUCCAAAAUUCUAUUGAGUUGGUCACCUAAGGGCCUGAAUCUCCGAACUGAUUUAACUUACUUCUAUUGACUGUUAGUUAAUACAGGUGAAACUCCAAAAAUGUGAAUAUUGGGCAAAAGUCCAUUUUUUUUUCAGUAAUGCAAAUUAAAAGAAAUUCCAUUAAUGUAACUUAAAAUUAGAAUUUUGUGAAAAGGUUCAAUAUU